UCCUCUUCUUCACUUCCACCUCCAUCAAAAUGGCACGCAGCAGCGACCUUUCUCUCGCCCUGAUGACCCUGCUCCCAUGUCUGCUUCUCUGCACCUCAGCAUCCGUCGAGCUUGACUGCGACAAUUACGUCAGAGAAGCAUGCGGCGUCACCCGCUACCCAGACCUCUGCAUCCACACUCUCUCUUCCUUCUCAAGCUCGGCCAAGCGCAGCCCUAGCCUGUGGGCACGAGCCGGCGUUUCGGUCACGACCGGAGCGGCCAAGAGCCUCGCCCAAUACCUGGCGAAACUGGAGAACACCGGCGCCAUGAGAGGGAGAUCGAACCUGGCCGCCCUUUCCGACUGCGUCGAGUGCUUCCAGGACGCCGUCGACAACCUCCACCGCUCCCUCGGCGUGCUCCGGCAACUCCAUGGCCCGAGCUUCUACAGCCAGAUGGACGACGUAACGACGUGGUUGAGCGCGGCGCUCACCGACGAAGAUACUUGCUUGGACGGCUUUGAGGGGCAGAGAGGAAGACAAGUGAAGGUUCUGAGGGAUAAGGUUACGAAUGUGUCUUGCAUCACCAGUAAUGCUCUGGCGCUUGUUCACAAGCUUGCAACCACUGGUCCACAAACCCUAGCUAGCUGAUCCAUCAUGAAGAAGAAGGUGACCCUGGUUGAAGAAAUUUAUAACGUAUCAUAUGCAGGAAUAAAUGCCCUAUAUAUUGAGAUUUACACUUUCUCAGCUUACUAUAUGCCAUGGUUGAAGUGAAAGGACCCUUUCAGA